AUGAGCAGACAAGCGUGCAAGCAGUCCUUCAGCUGCGGGAGCCAGGGCUUCUCCGGCCACUCGGCUGUGGUAUCUGGCAGCAGCAGGAGGAGUUGUGUGGCCCGCACUAGGGCAGCUGGUGGAGGGGCUUGUGGGUUCCGGAGUGGAGCUGGUAGCUUUGGCAGUCAGAGCCUCUACAACCUGGGUGGCAGCAGGAGUAUCUCUAUUAGUGUGGCAGCUGGAGGCUCCCAGACUGGUGGCUUCGGCGGAGGCUAUGGCAGUUGUGGCAGUGGCUUUGGAGGUGGCUAUGGAGGUGGCUUUGGUGGUAGCAGAGGAAUGGGAGGUGGCUUUGGGGGAGCUUCUGGAUUUGGAGGAUCCAGUGGCUUUGGUAGGCCUGGUGGCUUUGGCCCUGGUAGCUGCCCUGGGGGAAUCCAGGAAGUGACCAUCAAUCAGAGCCUCCUGCAGCCCCUCAAUGUGGAGAUUGACCCCCAGAUUGGUCAAGUGAAGGCCCAGGAGCGUGAACAGAUCAAGACACUCAACAACAAGUUUGCCUCCUUCAUCGACAAGGUGCGCUUCUUGGAGCAGCAGAACAAGGUCCUGGAGACCAAGUGGAACCUCCUGCAGCAGCAGGCCACGGGCUCUGGCUCAGGCCCCCAGAGCCUGGAACCUUUCUUUGAAUCCUACAUCAGCUGCUUGCGCAAGCAGUUAGAUUCACUUCUCGGGGAGAAGGGAAGCCUGGAGGGAGAGCUGAAGAACAUGCAAGACCUGGUGGAAGACUUUAAAAAGAAGUAUGAAGAGGAAGUCAACAGACGCACGGCCGCAGAGAAUGAGUUUGUGGGGGUGAAGAAGGAUGUGGAUGUUGCUUACAUGAACAAGGUGGAGCUGCAGGCUAAAGUGGACAGUCUGACAGAUGAAAUCAACUUUCUGAGGACUCUCUAUGACAUGGAGCUGUCCCAGAUGCAGAGCCACGUCAGUGACACAUCUGUGGUCCUGUCCAUGGACAACAACCGCUGCCUGGACCUGGACAGCAUCAUUGCUGAGGUCAAGGCGCAGUAUGAGGACAUUGCCCAGAGGAGUAAGGCUGAGGCUGAGGCUCUCUACCAGACCAAGCUUGGGGAAUUGCAGAACACAGCUGGUAAGCACGGGGACGACCUGAGGAGCACCAAGAGCGAGAUCAUGGAUCUCAACAGGAUGAUCCAGAGACUUCGAGCAGAGAUUGAGAGCAUCAAGAAGCAGAAUGCCAACCUGCAGACAUCCAUUGCAGAAGCUGAACAACGAGGCGAGGUUGCCCUCAAGGAUGCUAAUGCCAAACUCCAAGACUUGCAGACUGCCCUGCAGAAGGCCAAGGAUGACCUGGCCCGGCUGCUGAGGGACUACCAGGAGCUGAUGAAUGUCAAGCUGGCUCUGGAUGUGGAGAUCGCCACCUACUGCAAGCUGCUGGAGGGCGAGGAGUGCAGGAUGUCUGGAGAAUGUCAGAAUGCUGUGAGCAUUUCGGUGGUUAGCAAUGUUACCAGCACAAGCAGCAGCAGUGGAGGCUUCAGAGGGACCCGUGGCGACAGCAUUGGAGGCUUCAAAGGGACCCGUGGCAGCAGCAGUGGCUCCAAAGUUGGCAGCAGCAGCAGCAUCGGAGGCUUCAGAGGGGCCGGUAACAGCAACUAUGGAGGGGACAGCAGUGUCAGCAACAGCCAAAGCAGGGAUAGCACUGGCAGCAGGCUUGGCAGGGAAGACAGCGUCUCUGUACGCCAGCGAGGAAUGGGCACCCAGGCCUCCAUAGACGGCAGCUACAAGUCUGGCAGAGGAGGAAGCAGCAGUGUCCACUUCUCUCAGACCACCAGUUCCAGCCAGCAACGCUCCAAGUGAUGCUCAGGAGUAAAGCAU